GUGUCAAAGUUCACUAUAUAGAGAAGCUCGGCGAGCUGAUCAGAGAGAAAGCAUUCUGCCAGCCGUGCGCCUCUUAAGCCCAAAACCUCCCCGACCGCCUUUUCAACAUAUUUCCACACUUUGAUUCGCCUUUUUUUUUUUUUUUUUUGGGAAACCACAUUCCAAUCAGAUUUUCAUCGCACGGAAGAGGAAAAAGAAGCCGCGAGGAGGAUUGUAAGAGGCGGAGAUCUCCAUAUUUGCUGGCUCGAGAAGAGGAUUUUCCCUUUUUAGCGGAGAGAAUUCUUGAAGAGUCGCACGCGGAGCUCGUUGGUCCACAUUAUACCGCGGGUCUUCUCCAUCCUCGCCCCCCCUUUCCUACCCUCCUUCCUCCUCCUUCCUCCUCCUCCUCCUCCCUCCUCCUCUUCCUCCCAGCUCCAAAAAGCCAAGCCGGUCCAUGCUGCUUGCUCGCUCUCGUCCCGGCACUCGGCCCACCUUCCCCGACCGCGGGGGUGCUGGAUGGCCGGCAGUAGGAGCCCCCUUGACUCGGCCUCGCUGGUGAGAAGCAGCCUCCUCCUCCUCCUCCUCCUCCUCCUCCUCGUCGUCGUCGUCGUCGUCGUCUUCUUCCUCCGCCUCGUCGUCGUCGAGUCGCCUCAUUCCCGGAGCGGAGCGUCGAGCGCGGCGCCUCGGCUGUGGUGACAUUUACCCCCCCCCCCCCCCAUCCCCGCCCCCCGUCGGCGCGUGGAACGACAGCCCCCUCACAAAGGUCACAAAAGAGACAAAACGGCCGAGCAAAAAGUUUCCCCCCCGUUGACUGAGAGGCAGAUAUGGCAAUGGUAGUGUGGAGAGGCUCCCAGGACGACGUGGCGGACACCCAGGGCGCCCUCUCCUCGCAGACCCAAGGCGGGCUGGCGCUGGGCAACGCGCAGCCGGGCCAGCUGGGUCUGACGGCCGCGCAGGUCGCGCCGCCGGCCCCGCAGACCCCCGCGCAGGGCGGCCCCAACGGCGGGCAGUCGGCGCCCGGCGGCGGCCAGCAGCAGGCGGACAAGCAGCCGCAGCACAUCGAGUGCGUGGUGUGCGGGGACAAGUCGAGCGGCAAGCACUACGGCCAGUUCACCUGCGAGGGCUGCAAGAGCUUCUUCAAGCGCAGCGUGCGGCGGAACCUGACGUACACGUGCCGGGCCAACCGGAACUGCCCCAUCGACCAGCACCACCGCAACCAGUGCCAGUACUGCCGCCUCAAAAAAUGCCUCAAGGUCGGCAUGAGACGGGAAGUCUCUCUUUUUACUGCAGCCGUGCAAAGGGGACGGGUGCCGCCCACGCAGCCGCACCACGGCCAGUUCGCGCUGACCAACGGGGACCCGCUGCACUGCCACUCGUACCUCUCGGGAUAUAUCUCGCUGCUGCUGCGCGCGGAGCCCUACCCGACGUCCCGCUACGGCAGCCAGUGCAUGCAGCCCAACAACAUCAUGGGCAUCGAGAACAUUUGCGAACUGGCGGCGCGCAUGCUCUUCAGCGCCGUGGAGUGGGCCCGGAAUAUCCCCUUCUUCCCGGACCUGCAGAUCACCGACCAGGUGGCCCUGCUGCGGCUGACGUGGAGCGAGCUGUUCGUGCUCAACGCGGCGCAGUGCUCCAUGCCGCUGCACGUGGCCCCGCUGCUGGCGGCGGCCGGCCUGCACGCCUCGCCCAUGUCGGCGGACCGCGUGGUGGCCUUCAUGGACCACAUUCGGAUCUUCCAGGAGCAGGUGGAGAAGCUCAAGGCGCUGCACGUCGACUCGGCCGAGUACAGCUGCCUCAAGGCCAUCGUGCUCUUCACCACAGACGCGUGCGGCCUGUCGGACGUGGCCCACGUCGAAAGCCUGCAGGAGAAGUCCCAGUGCGCCCUGGAGGAGUACGUGCGCAGCCAGUACCCCAACCAGCCCACCCGCUUCGGCAAGCUGCUGCUGCGCCUGCCCUCGCUGCGCACCGUGUCCUCGUCGGUCAUUGAACAGUUGUUUUUCGUCCGCCUGGUAGGUAAGACCCCCAUCGAAACGCUCAUCAGGGACAUGUUGCUGUCGGGGAGCAGCUUUAACUGGCCUUACAUGUCCAUUCAGUAAAGAAGACGCAAGAUGAGGGGAGAGCAUGGUGGUGUGUGUGUGUGUGUGUGUGUGUGUGUGUUGUGAGGGAGGGGCUGCUGGCUGGAGAUGACUAUUCAAUGAUUUUAGCUGCUUCCUUUUUUUUUUUUUUUUUGCUCUGAAGGAAUAUUGGAAGGACAAAAAAAAAAACCUGUGAAUUAUUCCCUCCCUCCUUCCAUCCCCCCCCCAAAAAAGGACACGAAUCCACUGACUGACUGAACUGAAAAGUGUUUUUGUAAUGAAAGCAACAACAAAAAAGAGGAAAAAAAUGGGAUUUUGUUGAGGAAAUUUGAAGUAUUAAGUGCAUUUUUUUUCCCUCAAAAAAAAGGAAAGGAAUUUUGUUUUGAUUCACUUGUGUCCUGUGUCCAAAUGUAUAGCUGUGCGUGUGCGUGUGUGUGUGCGUGUGUGUGUGUGUGUUUUGUACUUUCCUCAUUUAUUAUUUUUUUUCUCUCUCUCUGGUUCCAAACCGGCUUAAUAUGUGACUGCGUCGUACACAGGUGGUUGUGUUAUUUUCCAUUCAUUUGGAAAAUAACGUGUACAAACAAAAGAAACAAAACAAAAAAAAAAAGAGAGGAAUUAAAACCACAGCAAUAGGAGUUGUUCUAGACUUUUGUCAUCUGUAGAAGCUUCAUGCUUGCAAGCGCACUUAUGUUCCCAAUAGUGAUAUUAAUGAGCCACAAAGAAGAUUGUGUAUUAUUUGCCCUUGUUGAACAAUUGGCAGCCUUAAUGUCAUUUAGUUUAUAAUGUUAGAUGAGUUAUGGUUCCCGGGGGGAGGUCAUCCGAGUUUAAAAGCCAAGCCGAUGUGGUGUUUAAUAGCAGUAUUAAAUGACUAAAGAAUCAAACAAACCCUCCCCGUUUCUCAGAAUGAAGUGCCUGACAAGCAUGACGCGAUUUCUCGACAACAACGUGGUGGUGCUGGAGGGGGGAGAGGGCUGGUGGUCAGCCCCCCCCCCCCCCCCCCCUCGAUGUGGGCCCUUAAGAUGAGUGAAUCGGCCGUGCAAGCAUGCCGAUGUGAGGCAGUAUUGUUGUAAAUAUAGGUCAACUUGUUUCUUUUCUACCAGCUCUGCGUGGCCGAGAGCAAAUCUGUGGUUUCCAGUUUUUUUCGCUCGUCUUUCCAACGGAGUCUCGGACUCAGCUCGGCUCAGUAGCACUGACGAGUUCUGUACAUACAUAUUAUUAUUAUUAUUAUUAUUAUUAUUACAACCACAUUUUCUUUUGUUUUGUUCUUUUUUUGUUUUUUUUUUUGUUUUUUUUUUUUAGGGGGGGGGGGGUUUCAUGUAUAUUUAGACUGUGAAUGCAUGGCCACAGGUCGCUAACCUAUUUUACCCUAUUUGCUAUAUAAAUGUAAAUGUUCUUUCUUUUUAUUAAGGGGUUGGGGGGAAUUGAGGGAGGGAGGGGGGGGGGGGCUGUAUAGAUAUAAUCUGUGCGUUCACUACACACGAGCCCUUGUAUUUAAUGACACACGCACACAUACACGCACACACUUUAAGAAGACAUAAAGUGAAAGUUCAUCAUCACAUGAGGACUUGAAAACAGGGUGAGCAGGUUUUUAGGGGGUGCUUUGACGUGCGUGUGUGCGUGUGCGUGUGCGCGAGAGAGAGUUUAUCCAACCAUUAAGAGGUCACAAUUACACUAAACAAAAAAAAAAAAAAAAACGGGAUCUCUCUCACACACACACAGACACACACACACACACACACACACACACACACGUGGACCAGAGAAUGAUACAUGAUUGUAAUUAUGAACCCACUUUUUUAUAUAAAUAUAUUGAAAAAAAUAUAUGACUGCAGGGUAUUGAUAACGGAUAGAUACUUUUUUUUUUUUUAAAUGAUGAUCAUGAUCAUGAUCAUGAUGAAUUUCAUUACAAGUGAUACCUGUGUGUGUGCGUGUGUGUGCGCGCGCGCACGCGUGUGUGUGUGCGUGAGCGUGAGUGUGCGUGAAAGUUUCUAAUAGUUGAACACGAGUCUCGUUCGUUUGUUUGUUUGUUUGUUUGUUUGUUUUGUGUUAGCUUAUUGUACAACGAGCAUUCUGCUGUAAAUUUGUUCUUGGUAUUAAAUUAUAAUUUAUGAAUUUGA